UGGAGCCUUUGCAAUGCUAAAUUGCAGAAGAAAUGAGAAUGCUGCUUGGUUCCACAACUACAAGAUUCCAAAGGCGUGCUUCCUACCUAUGGAGUUCUUGCAUUGCUUGCUCUCUGAUGAUUUGGCUUACAAGAAAGAAAAGGUCAAAGGUAAAAAGAUUUUCAACGAUUUAUUUAAAGAUACUGUGAGAGGGAAGGUAUAUCCAGAGAAGACAUGGGGAGAAGAUGUUGAUGUUGUGUAUGGGAUUACUCUUGGAAAAAAAAGCAAUGUCUGGAUUGGGAUGGAAAUUCAUUUGAAGAAGAAAAGAAUCACAGUAUAUGAUUGUUUUCAAAAGGAAAGCAACAGCAUUGAUAUUCCUCAAGUGAAAAAGUUGGCAGUGUUGAUUUCUAAUCUGCUGGUGGAAUCUUCUGGUGAUGAGGUAGAUAAGGUGAAGAUGAUUCCAUUUGAGAUUGAGCAGGCACAAGGUUUACCCAAGACAAAACAUCCUUUCAACUGUGGGAUAUUUCUUGUCAAGAUUCUGGAGUGCCAGUCAUUGAAGAUAGGAGACAUGACAAAGAUUAAUGAUGACAAUGCAUUGGAGCUAAGGAGAACCUUGUCUUGUGAGAUCUUCAACCAAUUUGUGGAUGAGAGCUUUGGGAAAUGAGAAUGAUGCAUGAAAACAUUUUUUGUUUUAGUUAAGACUCGGUUUUAGUUAUGACUGUUUAUUUUGUUAUGUUGUUGGCGUCUGGUUACAUAAGAAAGAUUGGAAGGAUAUCAAGUAUUUUAUUUGGGUAUCAUAUAUCUUGGAAGGUUAAAAUA